AUGUUCGCCAGAGCCACUUUCAGGCUCUCGCAGCCUGCCAGACAGAGCUUCCGCAAAUACUCGACCGAAGCUCCUGCCAAGAGCAACACAUUGCAAAACAUCGCCAUCGCCGUCGGUGCCAUUGGUGUAGGUACGGGCGUGUACCGGUAUACGCAGAGCAAACCAGUAGUCGCUGAAGAAAUCAAGGAGCGCGCAAAGGUGUUUACCGGCGGCGACCAGGGAUUCGUGGACUUGAAGCUCAGCGACAUUGAGAUUUUGAGCCAUAAUACCAAAAGGUACCGAUUUGAGUUUGAGGAUAAGGAGGCUGUUUCUGGUCUGCAUGUUGCCUCUGCAUUGCUCACCAAGUACGCGCCGCCCGAGGGCAAGCCUAUCCUUCGUCCUUACACCCCUGUUUCCGAUGAAGACACACCUGGAUACUUGGAUCUCAUCGUCAAGCGCUACCCCGAUGGACCCAUGUCUUCACACCUGGACAGCAUGAACGUUGGCCAGCGCCUUGACUUCAAGGGACCUUUUCCCAAGUACCCCUGGGAAGCCAACAAGCACACCCACAUUGCCCUGAUCGCCGGCGGUACCGGUAUCGCGCCCAUGUACCAGUUGAUCCGCGCCAUCUUCAAGAACCCCGACGACAAGACCAAGGUUACCCUUGUCUACGGAAAUGUCAGCGAGGAGGACAUCCUCUUGAAGAAGGAGCUCCAGCACUUGGAGAACACCUACCCACAGCGCUUCAAAGCUUUCUACCUUUUGGACAAGCCUCCCAAGGAGUGGAUUGGCGGCAAGGGCUUCGUGACCAAGGAACUCUUGAAGACUGUCUUACCUGAACCCAAGGAGGAGAACGUCAAGGUCUUCGUUUGCGGACCUCCCGGCAUGUACAAGGCUAUCAGCGGUGGUAAGAAUGGGCCCUUUGACCAGGGCGAGUUGGCUGGCUACUUGAAGGAGCUUGGUUACGACAAGGAGCAGGUCUACAAGUUUUAG